GGGUAUAUUUGAUGGUAUGACAUAUAAAGAAGUGCUGGAGAAAUAUCCUGAUGAACACGAACAACGCUAUGAAGACAAGUUUAAAUAUAGAUCACCGCGAGGGGAGGUAGGGGGAAUGUUAUUGUUCUGUUUGAUUCUGGCUUCAUAGUUUGUUUGUUGGUUGGUUAGUUUGUUUGCCUGUUUGUUUGUUUGUUUGUUUGUUUGUUUGUUUGUUUGUUUGUUUGUUUGUUUGUUUGUUUGUUUGUUUGUUUGUUUGUUUGUUUGUUUGUUUGUUUGUUUGUUUGUUUGUUUGUUUGUUUGUUUGUUUGUUUGUUUGUUUGUUAUUUAUGCGUUAGCUGGUUAGUUAAUUGGUUAGUUAGUUAAUUAAUUGGUUAAUUAGUUAAUUGGUUAGUUAGUUAAUUAAUUGUUUAAUUAGUUAGUUAAUUGAUUGGUUAGUUAAUUAAUUGGUUAGUUAGUUAGUUAGUUAGUUAAUUAAUUAAUUAAUUAGUUAGUUGAUCCCUUACUUUUUCAUGCAGUUUACAGUAUCAGUUCGUUCGUCCAUAUUAGUCAGUUGCCUUAACGAGUUCGUUAAACGAGUGAUUAAUUGAUUCAUUAAAUUUUAGUCGUAUAAUGACCUGAAAGUGAGAUUGGAGCCAGUCAUAAUGGUAAGUUAUUAAACAUUCAAAAAUCUAAACUUGCUUUUAGACACCGUUAAUAUGAUGUACUUCGUAGGGGCUUCGGUGGCGCAGUCAGAGCAAGCCUCUUUCACCUCGGAGAUAGUGGGUUGGAUUCUCGCUAUGAACUCAUGUGAAAAGAGUCAGUCAACGCUCUGACGAAAGUCGUGGGUUUUCUCUAGGUGCUCCGGUUUCCUCCCACAGGGAAAGUUGACAGUUAGGAUAAACACAGUUAAGAAAGCAAUCUCACAACUGUUGUAUAGAUAAAAGUAGUCUAGGCUAAGUAAGUAAUUCGGUAAGCGUAAUCCUUGAUGUAAAGCACAUUUGAUCAUAUCUACAUGAAGCUAAAUUUGCGCUAUAUAGAGAUGCUAAUCCUAAUCGUAAUCGUGUACAAUUAUAAUUAGGAGAAGAAAACUUUGUUCAAAUACUAGAUCUAUAUCUGCAUUUCUGUUUAGGAACUAGAACGGCAACAAAAUAUACUUGUUAUUUGUCAUCAGGUAGAGUGCCAUUUAACAUUUAUAAAAAUUAAACAAUAUAUGCAUGGAUAAUUGUAUUGUGUUGUGUGCUUCUCAAGAAGGCCAUAAACUUACUCCUUGUUCUUUUGUACGAAAAUGUGUGUUUUUCUUCUCAGGCUGUUCUUCGGGUGCUACUUGCAUAUUUCUUGGACAGUCCUUCUGGUAAGUAAGUUCUUCGACAGGCAAUUAUAUAACCAUACUAAUUAGGAUGAACAAUGAUAUAAAAAUACUAAUGAAGAUGAGUUUUAUCAGAUAUGAAGUUACUCCACGUGACAUAUUAUGGCUGACAUGAUUUGCUGUGGCAAGGUUUAUGAAUUUUUAAUGAUUUUUUAAGUUCAAUUAAAAUAUUGAAAGUUCAGCAACAGAGUUUUACGUCAAUGCUUGCUUUUUUGUGUAUUUUCAUUUUUUGCUUUUGUUUUAAGUAAGUGAAUUGUAGACUCAUUUGUAUUUUACUCCUGUUGAGUGAAAUUAGUGAAAUAAUUGCACUCCUCUAACCAAUUAGAUUGCAGUAAUUUUGUCAUGCAUACCGUAUAAUAAAAUGAUUUAUUGAAUUAGAUGCAAAAUUGCAUGUACUGUAUAAUGUUCAAAUCGAACAGUUAAUGUAAUAAUGAAAUUCAUUUAACUCAACAUUAUCGUAUGAAGUAUAUUUUUACAUUUUGCUUCGCACAAAUCGUGGGCAUGCAUUCAAUUCCAUCGACCUUGUUAUGGAAUUAGGGAUUAAAUUAACUACUGUUACGAUACGAGUGGGGUUUUGACCAUAGAAAUAUUAGACCUAGAAUGCGUGCUUGGUCACGUGACCGGUGUCCAAACUGAAAACAAAAAUGCCCUUAUAAAUCCGCCAUGUUGAAUUUGAGUAGGAGUGCAAACUACAAAGUAUAAACAAAACUAAAACUAUAAAGUUUUCAUCGUCAAAACGUUUGGUAUUUGUAGUUUGGGGAUAGAAUUUGAAAUAUUAAGUUCUUUAAAGGCUCAAAGCAAAUGUGCCGUUACAAAAACGGUGAAAAUCGUGCAGCCUUGUAUAAAAACAAGUAGUUUUUCGUGUAGUUUCGCGUAUAAAAUAUAACUUACUCAUAAAACAUUUUUGCAAGCUCUGAACGUAACUGUUUUGCUAAUACUUUAUAAAAUUACGAGAUGAUAGUUCAUUCUUCGUCGGGUUUUGUUUUUCUUCAAUCUAAACGAAGUGUUUUCAUGUUUUUGAAACAAAUAUAUUUCAGUUGUUGAUAUUUAAAACUGUAAAUCGCCUAAAUGAUCGUCGAAAACAUAUGGUUUCAAAAGCGUUGCCUCAAGCUCAAGCAACGUAUAAAAAAGUAUAAAAAGUAGUUGUGUAAGUUUAAAAAGAUUAUUGAACUCUAUUUAUAUUAUAAAACAGUUGAAAUAUAUUUUUUAAAACAUACCUCUUGAGUUUCAGUUUGUCUUGAUUUUUCGUGUUUUGUUUUGGCUUGCACAACAACGUUGAAAAUGUAUUUUGAAACGACGAUUUCUCUAUAUAUUCUGUUCAGAACUAUUGCUCUUCGUAAAAAAACCCACGGGAAUGGGUUUUUCUCCAUUAAAAACACUUUUUUUCCACUUCAAGUCUGGAUAGAAUUGUUUUUGCAAACUUUGUUGAAAAAAAACAAUUCGCACUCCCGGCACCGCGCGAAUUUCCACGCCACAGGAGUCUGGGACUAGCCAAAUUGCCAAAAUGCCCUUAUAAAUCCGCCAUUUUGUGGAGACAAAAUUUUUACUGAGAAGAGAUAGGAGCACGCAUUCUAUGUCUAUUAUUUCUAUGGGUUUUGACGGAUGAAACGUGACGAAAACCAAAGUGUGCAAUGGUGAAAAACGUGCAAAAUAAAAAAAUCCACUUUCAAUAUCAUGUGAUAGUAAUCAGCCAAUUAAAUAACGACAAUUCAAAAAGGUGUUAUAUUAACUGGAUUAGUGUAUGUUUUGUGUGUGCUUAUCCAUUACCUUUUGUUUACAGAUGAGUUACCAUACAUGAGAGUACCACUUCAUACUGUUUACAAACUUACUCCCAUCGCUUUUGGUAGGUUGUAAAUAUUUAAAUUGGUCAUGGCUUAUAAAAUAUAUGUUGAAGUAAUUGGUAGCAAAGUCCGGAAAACUCACGAAAACCUCUUAGAAGUAUGUGUUUAACCAUUCAUUGGAAUACAAUGGAUUACAUACAAUUGAAUGCAAUGGAGUACAAUUGAAUGCAGUGGAAUGCAAUAGAAUACAAUAGAGUACAAUUGAAUAAAAUGGAAUACAAUACAAUGCAAUACAAUGCAAUACAAUGCAAUACAAUGGAAUACAAUACAGUACAAUACGAUACAAUGCAAUGCAAUGCAAUGCAAUGCAAUGCAAUGCAAUGCAAUGCAAUGCAAUGCAAUGCAAAUACAAAUACAAAUACAAAUACAAAUAGCAAUGGCACACAAUUGAAUACAAUUUAAUACAAUUGAAUACAAUAGAAUACAAUAAAAUACGUUACAAUACAAUACAAUAGACCACAACAGAAUCCAAUAGAAUAAAAUAAAUACUAUGGAACACAAUGGCAUACAAUAGAAUACAAUGGAAUAUAAUAGGAUAAAAUACAAUACAAUACAAUGGAAUACAAUGCAAUGGGAAUACAAUAAAGUACAAUAAAAUACAACACAAUAGAAUACAAUAGAAUACAAUGCAAUGUAAUGUUACUCGUACGAAUACAACUAACGAUUUUCCCCUUUGUCGUUCGAUGUUAAGCCACCUGAGCUGACACUGUAACACUGACAAUAAAAGUCUUCUAUUGAUAUUCCAGGAUGUCGCGCUGAAAAGAUUGCUAUAGAUGUAGACGCAGUCGACACGCAUGUUCCUCAUCCCAGUAGAGUAAGUAUUGAGCUUGAGAGUAAGUUUUGUAAAUGGAAAUUAUCUAGUGUAAAUUUUUAUUUACAUUCAUUAGACCUAAUCAGGAACAGCUGCAAAUCGAAUGCUCUGAUCCCUGCGAUUCCAGUGCAGCGCUCUAACCAACUGAGCUACAGAGUGCAGCUGCUGAGUCCUAACCACAAGUUCAUUUACAUACACCAGAGCACUGCCAUGUUAAGUUAUGGAUUACCUGUGUUUCUGGUUUGGCCUAAUAAGUACUAUUUAAAACACGAGCAGGAGUGUUUUAUCAGAUAUAAUUGCUUAAAAAAUGACCCAUCUAAAGAGUUCAUUGGCGAAGUAAUUUUAAGAAUAAACGUUGUACGAGGCGAGAAAAUCAAAGCUAAAGGUUAUAUAAAAUGGUUUCAGCAGUAUAUCGGGGCCGGCCUGUUGUGUAUUUUUCUUCUCUUUUACGUUCUCUAUUUUGACACAAACUGGAAAAUAUAUUUCGUAAACUUGCUAUAGUUCUACCGCCAUUUUGUUUGUUUAUGUAAGUAGCCGGUCGGGGCGGGAAACUAUUUUUCACGUGUUACCCAGCGGGAUACAUUGCAUUUAUCCAAAGCCACGCGACCACAAAUCAGCCAAUCGUGUUUGGUGUUUACUUUAGCUAUGUAGCAAUAAUUGUUACUUCGAUUAUCAUUACUAUAGGCAACCAAAGGAGAUGACUCACCGUUAAGCCAGAGUUUGGGAACGUAAGCAAUGAAUUAUACGAGUAUACGCUGCAUGGACAACCAUUUUUGAGAUAACAUGUCGGUUUCUAUAUUCGGUAUCAAUGGCUUGUGCAUAUUUAUAUAUAGGUAUAGCUUUAAAUUAUAAUUAUCCCGAGUGAACUCUAAAGCAAAGACGCACAUCUAUAUAUCAUUUAUAAACACGCAGUCUCAACUGCGCUCCUAAAUGAGGCUGUGUUUACACCAUUGAACUAUAAAUAAACUGGAAGGCUAACUCAGGGGGGGAAAUUGAAGCCAGUGCAUUUUAGUUUUUCUGAGUUAUGAGCAGAAAUACUCAACACUGAACGUUGGGCUAUAUAUCAAAUUGAAGCUAUUGAAAAACGCUAUUUGGUGUAGAAAUUUCAAGACUUUAGCUAAAAGGGAAACAUUGAAAAACUACAAACAUAAUUACCGAUAAUUUGCCGUUUUGCAGUUGUUUUUGUAUUUUUUAAAUAUUUUUCUUUUCGCUGAAGUCUUGAAAUUUCCACACCGAAUAGCAAUUUUCAAUAGCUUCAAUUUGAUAUACAGGGUGUAUCAAAAUAAACGCAAUUCAUCUUUUGUGAUUAAUAACUUUCGAAAUAUUAUUUCUAGUUAAACGCUUUUAGGCUUACUUCAAAGCCUGUUCUUUUCUCUUUCAAACAAACUAUUAUCCUUGUCUCCAAUGCUAGUAAUAAUUGCACAGGAAAAGAUUUAGUAAAACC